GCGGCCGGCCGCGUAUCAAGGCCCGGCGAGCUGGACAGGUCGUCACUCUUCGAAGGGCGGCGAGCAGCACCGGUCGUCUACGCCACAGUCACCGCCGUCAGUCGAGAACCAUGAAGGCCGAGAAGUUCACCCUGGUGCGGCACUUUGACGGCUUCCCGAAGUCGACGGACUUCAAGCUGGAGUCGGAGGAGCUUCCGGGACUGAAGCCGAACGAGCUGCUCUGCCAGGCCGAGUUCCUCAGCGUCGACCCCUACAUGCGCCCCUACACGCGCAGAAUGAACCCGCCCAUCACCAUGAUCGGCUCGCAGGUCGCCAAGGUGGUGGACAGCAAGAACGCUAAGUUCCCGACGGGCUCCUACGUGGUGGGCUCAUUCGGCUGGCGGACCCUAACCGUAACGAAGAUUGGGGACGUGGCGACGCCCGGCGACGCGGAGCUGCUGCCCGACCUCGGUGGCCUUGCCCCGUCCUACGCGCUCGGCGCGUGCGGCAUGCCGGGCAUCACGGCCUACUUCGGCUUCCUGGAGCUGUGCCAGCCGAAGCCGAAGGAGACAGUGGUGGUGACGGGCGCGGCUGGGGCCGUCGGCAGCUUGGUCGGCCAGAUCGCCAAGAUCAAAGGCUGUCGAGUCAUCGGCUUCGCCGGCACCGACGCCAAGUGCAGCUGGCUCAAGACGCUCGGCUUCGAUGUAGCCAUUAACUACAAGACGUGCGCCGACAUCGAUGCGGCGUUGAAGGCGGCGGCGCCCGACGGCGUGGACUGCUACUUUGACAACGUGGGCGGCAUGCUCAGCCACCGCGUGCGGCAGCAGAUGAACCUGUUCGGCCGCAUCUCCGCGUGCGGCGCCAUCUCCAGCUACAACGACAAGACCGGCCAGGAGUCGCAGGUGCCCGUGCCGGAGGGGCCCAUCGUGUUCAAGCAGCUGAAGAUAGAGGGCUUCAUCGUGUCGCGCUGGUGGAACCGCCGUGCAGAAGCCGUGCAGCAGAUGGCUGCCUGGAUACGCGACGGCAAGAUCAAGGUGCAGGAGACCGUCACCGACGGCUUCCAGAAGAUGCCGCAGGCCUUCAUGGGCAUGCUGAAGGGCCAGAACACCGGAAAGGCCAUCAUCAAGGUCUGAUGCAGCCAACAUGUUCCUCGUGAACGUUCCGCCUUCAGGUUCGCCUUUCUGCAGAUUUACGUCAUUUGUGCUUCUUCGCCAGUGCCACGCACACACAGAUCGUGUUAAAGUAAGGUAUGUCGCUACUGAGCAUCUGUGUUUGAAUAAAAGACCUGCAAGCAUUUUAAA